CGGACCCAUUUUCUGACAAUGUAAACAUGGCUGCUCGCAUGGUGGACACGCUUGGAACUAGCCUUUAGCACGAAAACACGACUGUUUGAAUGAGAUUAAUGACCAUUGAGAUGAAGGGAGUGCUCCUUGUGUUGUGCGUUACAUGGUCAAGUCUGUUACUACCAACUCAUGGGACUGGAAACCCUCCAGGCCACCUGGAACCCCUUGGGAGCCACAUGCCUCCAGAGGAAGGGGUUCCAAUGAUGGGAAAGUUUCCAUCCCCGUGGGUGUUCUAUGAGGACUUUGUGAAGCAGUCGCAGCCCUUAGUGAUGAGGAAAGUCCUGUUGAGCGGUGAUAUUCCUGCUUUUCAAAAGUGGACUGAUGCUUAUCUAAGUGAUAUAUUCGGCCAUGUACAGGUGGAGGUUGAGAGUGGUAAGAAGGAAGACAGGGAGAAUGGAUCUACAUGGCGCAUGACAUUGGAAAAAUACAUCAGUGUAUACGAAAAACUCAACGGCUACCUAGUCACAGAUAUACCAGAUUCAUUAAAAGUGGACCUGACAGUGCCGUUAACCCUGCAGUGUGGAGGUUUCCAAAACAGCCUACAAACCAUCAUUAUGUGGUUCAGUAGUGGGGGGACCAAGUCCCAUCUCCAUAACGACAACUUAGAUAACAUCAACUGUGUCUUUGAUGGGACUAAGGAACUUGUCCUCAUAGACAAAAAGCACGCUGACUUGAUACAUGCCAAUGGCUGGGAGGAGAAGGAAGGUUACAGUCGAGUUAACGUCGACAGAGUGGACAUGCAUGAGUUCCCAAACUUGAGGGAGGUCCCCUGGCGCAAAGUUGUGGUCAACAAAGGCGACUGCCUCUUUAUUCCUCACAGGUGGUUCCACCAGGUCCACUCCCUUCCUGGACGUAACCUGGCCCUGAACUUCUGGUUCCAACAUCGAAUGUGGUACAACACCUCCGAGUGUAAAGAUAUGGAUCCUUAUACAGCACCUCCGAAACCCCUCGUUCAGUUUGAUUUCCCCAACCCUAUCGAAGAGGCCAGGUCCACACUUCUGGAGUCAAUGGAAGGGAAGGAGAGUGUCACAAAGAAGGAUUUCUACACACUGUUUGGGACUGAUCUAAAGGAAUACGAUGAGAUCAAUGAGUGCUUUGAGAUCAUUGAUGAGGAUAAAAAUAAUUUACUGGACUGGCCAGAACUAUACAAGUUUGAUUUAGACAAGAUGGUCAAAGACUAUCCUGUCUUGUUUGCUGGCGUUGACCUUGAACUUGAUGAAGAGGAAGACGAGGUCGGGUAUGAUGAAUCGGAUGAAUCGGACAACAGUGAACCAGGAGAGAAUGAUUUUUUCAAUGACAAAGAACAAGAUCUGGAUUCUCUGGAAGAACAAAAAGAUGAAGAAGACUUUAAAAAAGAAAUGUAUUAUGAUAAACAAAAAUCCAAUGAAUUUGAAAGUGAAACAAUUGAUAGCUUUGAUGGAGGGAUAUAUAUACAUCAUGUCAAACAGGAGAAAGUGAUAGUCCAGGUAGAAAAGGAUUCCGAGAAAAUGAAACACGAGGAAUUAUAGCACACAUCUGUUUAGAAUUAUUCUUGGAAAUAGUAAAAUGUGCAAUGAUAACAUUUAACUCAUCUGAUUAGAUUCAUAUCAAAAAAAUAUUUUGAGAUUUGGAGAACGUUGCUAUUGACUUGAUUUAGGACUCUUUAAAAGGUAUGAUAAUUCUAAUGUUCUGUAGUUAUGUAAAAAUUAGUAAUAAUUUGCUAAAAUCAAAUUGCUUAUGUUAACAGCUAGUUAUGAUAGUGUGUGGGUAAAAUUCAAAGCGAUUAGACACCAUAUAGGCAUUAUUUAUUUAUGAUACAGUAUACAUGGAGUGUGGUUAACCUUUACUGAGCUCUUUGUUAUAAUGGCGAGAUUCUAUUACUCAAAUUGUUAAGUUCAUACAGGGAAGGUGUUCCUACAUAAUAUAAACCUUAUCAUUCCACUCCCUACAUUCCCUUUAUAGGACCCUAAAACAUAUCAAUUAUAUAUUUCAUUUUAAUAUUUUAAUAUCUGUUUUUGAUUUACAUUAUAUGGUUGUGAGAAUCAGGAUCAUUUUCUAUGUGAUGAUUAUUGUUAAUAUGUUUUUGUUUAUAUUAAGUAAUGUAUAGGUCAAAAUAUACCACUACGUUCAUUGUCAAGGUUUUUAAUCAGAAUAGCAUGACACUGGCUGUAUAUGUGAUCAGCUUUAUAUUUUGACUGUAAUCAUUACUGGAAAUGUAUCAUGGUGAAAAAAAUACUACUUUACCAGACUUAGAUAUUUACAGGAAAUGCAUUACGGCAUAAUACUACUUUAUCAAACUGUAAUAUUUACAUUAUGUUAAAAUACUACUUUACCAGACUGUAAUAUUUACAUUACGGUAAAAUACUACUUUACCAGACUGUAAUAUUUACAUUAUGGUAAAAUACUACUUUACCAGACUGUAAUAUUUACAGGAAAUACAUUACGGUAAAAUACUACUUAACCAGACUGUAAUAUUUACAUUACGGUAAAAUACUACUUUACCAGACUGUAAUAUUUACAGGAAAUACAUUACGGUAAAAUACUACUUUACCAGACUGUAAUAUUUACAUUACGGUAAAAUACUACUUUACCAGACUGUAAUAUUUACAUUACGGUAAAAUACUACUUUACCAGACUGUAAUAUUUACAUUACGGUAAAAUACUACUUUACCAUGCAGACUGUAAUAUUUACAUUACGGUAAAAUACUACUUUACCAGACUGUAAUAUUUACAUCACGGUAAAAUACUACUUUACCAGACUGUAAUAUUUACAGGAAAUACAUUACAGUAUAAUACUACUUUACCAGACUGUAAUAUUUACAUUACGGUAAAAUACUACUUUACCAGACUGUAAUAUUUACAGGAAAUACAUAACGGUAAAAUACUACUUUACCAGACUGUAAUAUUUACAGGAAAUACAUUGCGGUAAAAUACUAUUUUUGAACUGAAAUCAUUUAGGAAGAUAUUUAUCUUGGCCAAAAUACUACUUUACUGCAAACUGAAAUCACUACAAUAGAUAAAUGUGGUAAAAUAUUUCUUUCUUAAACUGAAAUGAUUAUGGACGAUAAAUUAUGGUCAAAAAUUACUCUACCUAACUGAAAUCAUUAAGGAAGAUAUCAUGUAUUACCAAACUGAAAUAAUUACUGCUAUAUGUGAAGACAUUGAUUUGUUGACACAGUCAGGUCAGUAAAAUUGGCCUCAACCAUUACAGAUUGAGUAGAUUAAUAGUAUUUUAUACUGUUUAAUGUUGUAGGAUUAUUUGAUUUAUCCUUACUUCAUCAAGUGCCAUUUUAUAUUAAUUGAUCUUUGAUCUAUUUUUUUUAUCAUUGAUGUACUGAAUGGUGGGAUGGUGACUUCAACCAAUACAUUUCUAUGCAAAAUGCUUCUUUAUGUUCACCUAGAACAAAAGGUGAAGUGAUUUCUAUAUUCUUAUACAAUGUAUAUUCCUUUACUUGAUUGUUACAAAAUAUGAAACAGAAAAUAGAAAAUAAAAUCUUUAAAAUGAA